AUGUGUUGGUCGUUCGCGGCUCAUACACUCCACACACACCGCAUCAUGCACGCGUUCCUCGCGCUUGUCAUCGCGCUCGCCGCGCCGGCUCUGUCCUCGCCCCGAGAUCGCCUCGGUUUCGAGAGAGAAAUAGACUCCGCCCGUUACAACCUAGUGCCUAAAGUUCAGGAUUACAUACUUAACCCGGACUACCUAGCCACACAAAAGAACAAAGCGAAACUAAUUACGAAACCGACUCCUGAUGAUGCUGUCAUCGAUAAUGUGAUACUAGAAUCUAACGUAUUAAGAAUAGUGCGCCCUACGAAGAGACAGACAAACAGCGAAGUGAGUCCGGAACUGGUGCGACAACGACGAGGAUAUAACCUUGAAAACGUAAGGGUGCCAGCUCGGUAUCCAUACCUGCCAAUGCCGAGCUAUACCCGCUUCCGUCGAUGGGGCUAG